CUGGACCGUUGUGUUGUCGGCAGCUGAAGAGGCCAGCUUCUCGAUCGUCUCCACCGCAGAAUCGGCCUUGCCCAAGUUGAAUUCAGCAAGAGCGCCCAGGGCCUGGAGCUCAGGCUGAGAAUCACCCUUCACGUCAUCGAGAACAUCUUCUGCCUGUCCAAGAGCCAAUCGAGCUCGGAGGACAAGAAUGCGCGCGGGAAGAGCGUUGUCAGGGGAGAAGGAAGAGGUAUCAAAGUCAAUGACUUCCUGAUACUGGCCCUGAUGGAAAUGGUUGUGAAUGUUGAUUAAUUCGCCUUCGGUCGAGUAGGGGUCCAUCUUGGUUAACGCUUUGGAAACGUAUUUUGUAUGCGGAUGACUGCUGUCCCUGAAAACGUCCCUUGAGAACACCUUGGAUGCGCUCAAGAUGCCGAUGGAAUGGUGGGGCCGGUCGUAGUCUGUCCUUUCCAUCAACGUGGGGUGAGAUCCACGAUCUCAGGCGCUCGAAUGUGGCUGGUGCAAACCGAUGGGGCUAGGGUCGGCUGCCCACAAAGUGAGAAAUCACACCAAAACCUCAAUUUAGCCAGUCUUUGGAACUUGCAUCACCAAACACACCCAAAGAACGGCACCGUACAUCGUCGUCAAAAUGGUCAACAUUCCCAAGACGCGUAACACCUACUGCAAGGGCAAGGAGUGCCGCAAGCACACCCAGCACAAGGUCACCCAGUACAAGGCUGGCAAGGCCUCCCUGUUCGCUCAGGGUAAGCGCCGAUAUGACCGCAAGCAGUCCGGUUAUGGUGGUCAGACCAAGCCUGUCUUCCACAAGAAGGCCAAGACUACCAAGAAGGUUGUUCUGCGAUUGGAGUGUGUCAAGUGCAAGACCAAGCUCCAGCUGGCGCUGAAGCGAUGCAAGCACUUCGAGCUUGGUGGUGACAAGAAGACGAAGGGUGCUGCUCUGGUUUUCUAAGUGCUUUGUGUUUGGGGUCUUAGGGUCACCAUUUCUAUGCUUACCUCGGCGGCAUUUGGGCAUCAUGGAUGGACACAGGCGAAAGGAGGUACACGCCCUCGAUUUGAGGCAUGUUUCAUAGGGAACGAAUGAAAAAAAGAGUCUCUGUGUUGCACCAACACGAAUUUUCUGAAGCAAAGCACAAUAACGUGCAUUCAUGGUGAUGAACCAUUUUCAAGGGUUGAGUCGUUACCCCUCAACAUCAAGCGGGUUUGGGCUCAUGAGUCAUGGUCGUGGUUGAGAAACGAUGUAUUGGUCUAUAGGUCUAAAGCUCCGAUGCUAUUCUAAAAUCCUUCACCCAGCAUUAUAGUCUUGCCGCCUCCAUACCAGAGUGUGCCAUUUCGUGCAUCCAGUCCUCUCUCAUGGCCGACUAGCCACUCGCCAGCAUUGUACUCGGAGUCAGGAUUAUCCCAGACCUCCUUCUCUAGCCAUGCAUUGACCUCCUCAAUGGCCUUUACCCAGGCUGCCCUUUUCUCUGGCG